CCAAAACACUCCUCUGCUGAUUCCUGCAGUCAUCAGUCCAUAUAUAACAGCUAGGAACCUGUCAUAUGGCUAAUCCUUGGUGGAGUGGGAAUAAUGUAAAUAUGAAUCAAAUGGAGAUUAGCAACCAGCUUGUGCUGAUGAGGAGCGGCAGCAGGCAAGAGUUUAUGCCCGCCGCCGGAGACACCACCAGUAGCGGGAGUCAGAACCCCGGAAGCGGCGGCCGAGACGAGGAGGGGGGGUACGACGGGGAGGAGGAGAACAAGGCCGCAGCUCGGGGACAGGGUACGGCUCCUUCUGGCCGACGGGCCCGGGGGAGGCCGCCGGGGUCGAAGAACCGGCCGAAACCUCCGGUCAUCAUCACGAAGGAGAGCCAGGACUCGCUCCGGAGCCACGUUUUGGAGAUCAGAGGCGGGUGCGACGUCGUCGAAAGCCUCGCCGCCUUCGCCCACAAACGCCGCCGCGGCGUCUCCGUCCUGAGCGGGAGCGGAGUCGUCGCCAACGUGAGCUUCAGGCAGCCUGCGGUGCCCGGAGGGGUGGUUACGUUGGAGGGAAGGUUCGAGAUACUCUCGUUGUCCGGCGCGUUUUUGCCAGCUCCAUCGCCGGCCGGAGCCACCGCACUCACGGUGUACUUGGCCGGCGGACAAGGGCAAGUUGUGGGCGGGAUUGUGGUCGGGUCGCUUGUGGCCUCGGGUCCAGUGUUGGUGAUCGCGGCCACUUUCACCAAUGCGACCUACGAAAGACUUCCCCUGCAGUCGCCAGAGGAAGAGCGGUUUCCGCCGUCCCCCGUCAAUGAAACCGGAGGACGGAAAACCACGGAGACUCCCCCUCCGGCGGCGUCCGCGGCCGCCCCAUUGUACAACUUGCCACUCAACUUGCUAUCCAACAAUGGCCAUAACAAUAUACCCCAUGAAUUCUUUUGGCCUAUUGACUCGACUCCUCUCCCGCGCCCUCCGCCCUCGAAUUAUUAAGGGCGCAUUCGGGGGAGAGCGUUGAGAUUGGAGGAGUCAAAGCGGUCGCGUAGCGUGAAUGAUUUCAUGCAAUCGGACCGGACCCGCUCUGACUCUUCUA